AAAUUUGUCUGAUGUCUGCUACAUUCACACUCAUAAAAAAAUUUCAUAUUAUUUUUAAAUUCUGUAAAAAAAGAAAAUAUAUUCGUCAUUAACCCUCGCACUCAUGCAAAUGCACCAUUAAAAAAUUUAUCAGCGUACGCAGCAACUUGACACUCAUCAAAUAUACAAGUAUACAAAUCUUGGACACGUGCUAUACAACCUUCUAUUUUGGCAUAGAAAACUUUUUUAAAUAAAUGACGAGUCAGUUUAAAAAGUUUACCGCAACUUAACGCUACAGAAUCAGAAACCAGCCCCAAAAUCAAAAACUUUCACCACAGCUCAACUGGAGUUGGUAAAUUUAAAAUCUUGAGUUAUAAAUUUUACUAUUUUUAAUAACAAUGAAGGAAUGGACAUUUAUUUGGAGGUUAUUAACUGUCUACGGUAUUCCUCUGACAUUCCCAUGGAUGAUUUACUACGCAUUCGAUUUUAUCAGAAGGAAAACUGGGAAAAUCUCAUUGAAAGGUAAAGUAGUGAUGAUCACUGGAGCCAGUUCAGGUCUAGGCGAAGCCUUGGCUCACGUUUUUUAUGCCAGUGGAUGUAAAGUUAUUCUAGUAGCCAGAAGACACGAAGAAUUAAAGCGGGUAAAAAAUUCAUUGAUCCAAACCGCAGUCAACAAAACCGUCGAAACGUAUCCGCCAACAAUUUUAUCAUUAGACCUGACAAAGUUUGAUGUCCUGACCGAAGAAGUUGAUAAAAUUCUAGCUUCUUUUGGUCAGAUAGACAUUUUGGUGAAUAACGCGGGAAUUUCAUACAGAGGGAAGGCUGCGAAAACUAAAAUUGACGUUGACAUGCAAGUAAUGAUGAUAAAUUAUUUUGCGCAAAUAGCUCUAGCAAAAGCUGUAAUUCCCUCGAUGAUCAAGCAGCAGUUUGGACACAUUGUAUGCAUCAGUAGUGUACAAGGAAAAAUUGCUAUUCCGUAUAGAUCAGCUUAUGCGGCAUCAAAACACGCUCUUCAAGCUUGGUGUGAUUCCACUAGAGCAGAGCUCAAUAAUUUUAAUAUCAAAGUUUCGGUUGUGAGUCCGGGGUAUAUAAAUACUUCCUUAUCUCUGAAUGCAAUCACGGAAGGGGGUGAAUGUCAUGGCAAAAUGGACAAGGCAACUGAAAGUGGAUACUCGGCAAAGUAUGUUGCUGAUGAAAUAUUAACAGCAGUUUUGCGACAGGAACGUGAAACUAUUAUAGCUCCUACUUUAAUUAAAUUUGUAUGUUUGAUAAGAUAUUUGAUUCCAUCAGUUUAUUUUAAAAUUAUGAACAUACGAGCAAAAAAAUCCAACGAUGAAAAAUAAAAUAAUUUUAUUUUUAGUUAAAAAUAUGUAAAUAUUUAUGAGUGUGAAUGUAGCAGAUAAUUUAUACAUUUUAAAUAAAUAAAGAAAUUAAUUAAAAUGAAAUUUAAAAAGUGCGAGUAGGGUGAGAGCACCAGUACCCAGCCCCUAAUCAGUAGCCAGCCGGUCAUAUACUUUAACAUUGGCUCAAAAUAUAUAUAGAUAUUAUUUAACAUGAGGUGGCUGGCUACUGGUGCUCUUACCCUGCUAAUUUUUCAUUUAUCUACAUACGCAUUUUUAAAUUUUUUAUUCUGCUUAUACUUUAAUUUAUUCGAAAUUUUUUAAAAAUGACAACCGUCAGGCUGCCCAAUUUCAAAACACAGUAAGGGACAAAUUUUUCAAAAUCGAUUUUUUAGUAUUUUUGGUUUCAGUGGAGUUUUGUGAACAUGGAUCAAUUAAUACUUCAAAAAUUUUAUUUUUGUCAGUUACUGUGUUUUAAAAUUGGGCAGCCGACCUAUACUCAUACUCAUAAAUAUUCUCAAAAUUUAUACAAAAUAUCGUAAUUAAUUAAAUUGUAAAUUAAAAAAAAAGAAAUGUUGUGCAUUUUAAAAUUAAAAAAAAAUGUAUAAUUAUAUUAAUUAAAUAUUUAAUAUUAAGUCAAUUAAUGUUUAAUUAUUCAUAAUGAAAACUGUAAUGAUCGCAAGGUGAACCAAUAAAAAUAAUUAGCUACAAAAUUAUAAAAAAAUAUUUUCUGGACACUAGAAAAUAAAUAAAAUCCAAAAAUAAAUUUUGGUGUCAAUUUCCUAGUAUAUAAAUGGUGCGUCAAAAAUAAUAAAAUAAAAAAAAAGACAUUAUGUAUAAUUAUUUUAGUAUAAUCUUUAUGUUCAAUUAAUAAAUUCAAAUAUACAGCGUGCCAUGGGUGAAACAAGCAAGUAGCAAUAGUAACAAAUAUUUAUCAAUUACUGAAGAUUCAUAUCAUAUUUAUUUAUUUUAAUCCAUUUGACAAAUUGUACUUUUAGUAAUUAACUUUAUUAUUACCUAUUAUCAUUGUUUUUAUUUUUUAUUUUUAAUAACCGAUUUUGUCAACGGAUUCAAUUAUUUUUUUUACACGCAAACAUUUUAUUUUGUAUUGAUAUAGAUUUUUAUCAUUGAAUUUUGUAUACUUGGUAUACAAAUAACAAUGUUUCCAAAAAAUCAAUGUAAAUAUAUAUAUAUGCAAUAAUAUAUUUAUAUUUAUUUUUAUAUAUAUAUAAAUAUAUUGGCAAUAUUUAUAUGCCAAUACAACGAUUCUAUAGUCAAAUCUAUUUCUAAACAAUUGUCCUCUUUCUCUCCAUCACUCGCUCUCUCUAUUUUUUUUGUUACUCUGUUUGUUGUUUAAAAACUUCGUGUUAUUUUAUUACAACAGUGACAUAAAAAUACAAUUUAGA